UCGGCCUCGUGUCUGCUACGUUGGCUUGGUAUGGUGUUGUGCGAAGCGCCUUGGAAAAGGAUAACGGUUAGCCUGGUAGUUCAACCGAAAAACAGAAAGACAUGUUAUAAUUACGACGACUGAAAAGUGUUGGUUGGUUCCGACUGAUUUGAAGAUGGAUGACAAGACGGAUGCCUCCCAUAAGCGGAUAACUGAAAUUCGCAGGUGGAGUUGGACUCCUGGAAAGGUGUACCACUGGGUGCUUUCUUUCGCUGUCGCCGCGUAUACCCUCUGGCGGUUCGCGACUACCGAAGAGAUGUGGGUUCGGCUUUUUGUCAGUGCCACGGUCGUCGGCGACGCGAGGAGUAAGUUCGACAUGGGCACGCUCUGCGUAUGCGCCGGUCAUGACGCUGCCAACUGGGAAUGGCAGACCACGAAGUACGUCAUGACGACCACGUGGAAGUGGUACAUCUUGCAUCCCGUGCUGGGCCGGGCAACAGCCCAUGUCGCACCGUCGCUGGUUUCCGUCUUCUACGCUUCCUACUCCCUCCUGUUCGUGACCUUCACCUUCGGCUGGGAGGUGGCUCUCCUGUUCCUGGGACAGCACGCCGCGUUCUACGCCGUGACCGCUCUACACAGCCCAGCGCUUUGCUACGUGGUUGCCGCCCUGAUCCACUUCCAAAAGUUUUUCAUCCCUUUCGAUCCGUACGAUUACAUGUACAAAAGGUACGGCCUGAUGCCCUACAUGGCAGCCUACGUCACCUUCCAUUGGAACAUCCUGCGUGGCCUCAGCUUCAGUGUAGAGUACGUUCAAGCUGAAUGCCAGAGGAACACCGGGGACCGUCAGCGUAGAUUUGCGCCGUACUGGAAGACUCUGGGCUACCUGUUGUACCUGCCCACGGUCUACCUGGGGCCACCACAGAGGUACGACGACUACGUAGCCCAGUUGGACAAGCCGAGACCCAGCUGCACACCGCGGGUGAUUGCUGCUGCCAUCGCGAGAUUGCUUCGUUCCGGGGCCCACUUCCUCCUCAUGGAACUCAUGGGCCACUUCUUUUACGGUUCGGCGAUGUCCCAGUUGGCCUGGAUGGGGGAGAGCCUGGAUCUCGCCAGCCUGGCGGGCUACGCCCUAUCCCUAGAAUUUGAUUACUACGUGUGCUACCUAUUCACCUACGGCUUCGCCGGCGCCCUGUCCAGCGCAGAAGGCAUCGAGGUCCCGGAAACUGCACCCUGCAUCGCCAGAUUGCACCGAUGCUCGCGGUUCUGGAGGUACUUCGACCGCGGCAUGCACCUCUUUAUUCGAAGGUACAUCUACGAGCCCGUCUUAGGUGGCACUCGCUCAGCGUUGCGGUUAGUGCUGUGCACGGCAGUGGCCUUCUCCUUCACCUGCACCUGGCACAACCUGUACUCGCACGAAGCCGUCUGGUGCGCGCUCAGCCUGCUUGGCAUCGCACUCGAAGUGAUCACCAUAGAACUGAGGAAGUGGACGCCCGUCAAGAACUUCGAGGGCCGCUACCUGGCCUCAGCUGAGCGGAUGCGAGUGGCCAAGGCCUUGCUGGGAUCUCCGCACUUCCUGCUCACCAUUUGUGCCUGCCUGUUCCACUUGGCUGAGCUAGAAGUAUGCCUCGUCAUCUGCAGAAGGAUCUUAACCGGCUUUCCUUUCCCUCUGGUCCCCAUCCUGGUGGUUAUGUACAGCCUCUGCAAUGUUUCCAUGGACGUCGCCGAAUGGGAAGCAUCGGCCAUUGCCAAGAAAAAACUAGUUUCUUUGUGAACUGCUUAACUGCCCCACGUUACAAAACUGCCUGAAACUGUGUCGAUCGAUUGUUCUUUUUCAUCGUUUAUUUUUUUUUACGCCGAAGCUGUAUAUUGCAAUUUUACAAUGGUUAUGGCGCGGCGGCUGCAAGCAAUAUGGACACCCUAAAAAUAUUUACACCCUUAAAAGAUCUGGUUUGUCUCGUGGCUAACACCCUUACACUUAAGGCUAUAACAAUAUUUAUAUUAUACUAGACAACGAGCUCAAACUGCACCUGCAAUGAGAGAAGCAGUAGUUGAAAACCGUGUAUCAAUUAUGAUCACAUGGUGCACACCGAAAGAUCUGACACGGAGAUCUUGAAAUCGAUAGCUGUUAAAGUUUAUUUCAUGUAGUUUUUCUGUCUGUUGAGGCAGAAAUCAUCAUCUUUACAUGCCGCAUGAUGUCGCCAAAAAAAUAAAACAUCA